GCGAGGUGAGGAGAGGGCAGGGCAGGGACGGGGCUGCCGAGGCAGGAGGGGGCCCCACACCUCGGGGCUCUGGGCUGUGCUGCAAGCCCACCCGCGCCUGGCUUCUCCCGCAGAGGUAGCAGAGGAGCAUUUGGAGGAGACAGCUCAGCGCUGCUGGGACAGAGACUCUCCAAACACUCACUGUUGCCAUAGUGGCUUAUCAGCAAGGAAGAAGAAACUUCCCUGACACAAUGGAGCGGGCCUGCCUGCUGUGUCGCCGGGCAGACACUGCCCCGGAGCUCUGCGGGCUCAUGCUGGAGGCAGAAGGGAUCUGUGCCCAUCAGUAUUGCCUGUUUUUUGCCAACGAGCUUUUUCACCGUCGGCCCAGAAAUGAUGGACUCAUGGGAUUUCUCCCUGAGGACAUUCUUCAUAUAGUGGAGCGGGCAGAGCAGAAGGACUGCUUCGUCUGCAGCGAGAGCGGGGCCACCAUCACCUGCCAGGAGAGAGGCUGCAACCGCAGCUUCCAUUUCCCCUGCGCCUUGGAGGGUGGAUGCGUCACCCAGUUCCUUCCUCAUUACAGGUCCUACUGCUGGGAGCACCGUCCCCAGCAGGAACUGCAGGCAGCUCCGGAGAACACCGCCUGCCUCAUCUGCCUGGAGCCUGUGGAGGAGAGAACGUCCUACGGCACCAUGGUGUGCCCGGCGUGCCAGCACGCCUGGUUCCACAGGGGCUGCAUCCAGGUGGGGCCGUUCCCUAGGCCCCGGGGCACCGCAGGGCUCAGCAGCACCAGGGCCUCACUCACACCCCUUGUGUUUCUCCUGCAGGGACAGGCUAUGGGCGCUGGCAUUUAUUGCUUCCAGUGCCCUCUCUGUCGAGAUAAGGAUCAGUUUGUCCCAGUAAUGCUCAUCCUGGGGAUCCGAGUCCCUCUCAGGAUGCCAUUGUGGGAGAACGACAAUGCAUACGCACACCUCGGUGACAGGCACAGCCGCUGUGAUGCCAGGGAGUGCCUUUGUCCCCAAGGCAGGGAGCACAGAGAGGGACGGGGGUCCUGGCAACUGUUCCUGUGCCGCUCCUGCGCCGCCGAGGGCACCCACAGAGGCUGCUUCGGCUUGAGGACCAGCGGGUCCCUCUGGGAGUGUGACAGCUGUGCUGGCCUGGGCACUGCCGCCAGUGCCAGCUCGGAGCUCGCUGGCCCCAGCACCGCCAGCCAGGCAGCAUCAGGGCCGUCUCUUGGAUCUCCAGCACCAGAGAUCAGCAGCCCCAGCACCACCAGCCAGGCAGGAUCGGGGCCAUCCCACAGCUCCCUGGCAGCGGAGACCAGCAGCCCCAGCACAGGCAGCCAGGAGGCAUCGGAACCCUCCUCUGGGUCUCCGGCACUGGAGACCAGCAGCCACAGCCUGGACAGCCAGGCAGCAUCGGAGCCAUCUGAUGGCUCCCUGGGACCAGACACCGGCAGCCCCAGCACAGCCAGCCCGGUGGCACUGGGGCCAUCCCACAGCUCCCCAGUGCAGGAGACCAGCAGCCCCAGCACAGGCAGCCAGGAAGCAUCGGGGCCGUCCCACAGUUCCCCGGCACUGGAGACCAGCACCUCCAGCACAGGCACCCAGGAAGCAUCGAGACUCUCCUCUGGGUCCCCAGCACUGGAGACCGGCAGCCACAGCCUGGACAGCCUGGCAGCAUCGCAGCCAUCUGAUGACUCCCUGGGACCAGACACAGGCAGCCCCAGCACAGCCAGCCUGGUGCAACUGGGGCCAUCCCACAGCUCUUUGGAACUGGAAAACGGCAGCCCCAGCACCACCAGCCAGCUGCCAUCAGGGUCUUCCCACGGUUCCCCUGAGCUUGAGAACGGAGGACGUUCCAGCUCCAUUGGGCCCGUGCGAACAAGAGGCCGCUCCCGCUUGCAACGUCAGGCACAAAAUCCUUACAGCCGGCCCAGACGUCGCCGUGGGUCCAGCCGUGGGCCAUCCCCGAGUGCUGAGAGCAGCACCGCCAGCCAGGAGGUGCAGGGGCCACCCGUCUCCCCGGUAGCUGAGACCAGCAGCCGCAGCACCGCCAGCCAGUUGCCAUCAGGAUCUUCCCACGGCUCCCUAGAGCCUGAGGAUGGAGGACGUUCCAGCUCCAUUGGGCCCGUGCGAACAAGAGGCCGCUCCCGGUUGCAACGGCGGGCACCAAAUCCGUACAGCCGGCCCACAAGACACCGUGAGAGGAGCGGCACACCAGCACCAAGUGCUGAGAGCAGCACCCACGGCCAGGUGGCUUUGGGACCAUCUCACCUGUCCCCGAUACCCGAGUCCACCAGCAGCCCCAGCCCUGCCAACCUGGAGGCAUUGGGGCUGUCCCUCAGCUCCCUGGCAGAGGAAACCAGCAGCCCCAGCACCACCAGCCAGCUGCCAUUGGGGUCUUCCGGCACCUCUCCAGAGCUUGAGAGCAGCGGACGCUCCAGCCCCCCUGGGCCUGUGCGAACAAGAGGCCGCUCCCAAUUGCAACGUCAGGCACAAAAUCCUUACAGCCGGCCCAGACGUCGCCGUGGGUCCAGCCGUGGGCCAUCCCCGAGUGCUGAGAGCAGCACCCCCGGCCACGAGGUGCAGGGGCCACCCGUCUCCCCGGUAGCUGAGACCAGCAGCCGCAGCACCGCCAGCCAGGAGGCAUCAGAGCCUUCCCCGAGGUUGCUGGAACUGGAAACCAGCAGCCCCAGCACCACCAGCCAGUUGCCAUCAGGAUCUUCCCACGGCUCCCCAGAGCCUGAGAAUGGAGGACGUUCCAGCUCCAUUGGGCCCGUGCGAACAAGAGGCCGUGCCCGGUUGCAACAUCGGGCUCAAAAUCCUUACAGCCGGCCCAGACGUCGCCAUGGGUCCAGCCGUGGGCGAUCCCCGAGUGCUGAGAGCAGCACCCCCAGCCAGGAGGUGCAGGGGCCACCCGUCUCCCGGCUGCCUGAGACCAGCAGCCGCAGCACCGCCAGCCAGGAGGCAUCAGGGCCGUCCCACCGCUCUGUGGAAGAGGAAACCAGCAACCCCAUCACUGACAGCCAGGAGUCUUCGGGGUCUUCCGGUAGCUCCACAGAGCAGGAGAGUGGCCAACGCUCCCGGUCCCCUGGGCCUGUGCGAACACGAGGCCGCUCCCGCUUGCAGCAUCGGGCACAAAAUCCCUACAGCCGGCCCAGACGUCGCCGUGGAGCCAGCCGUGCACGGUCCCGGAGUGCUGGCCGUGAUCCCCCUGCACCGGCACAAUAAAGUUGCCAUUAAUUUCUGUUCUUCAGGCACAUCACAGCUGUUCUUCUGGAGUGUGCGUUAAGUGCCUUCCUGACAGGCCUUACUGCAGCCUGAACGUUGGUUUAUUGAAGUGGGGAGCAGCCAUCCUCUCGGAGGGAGGCAGAGGAACCUGGGGGACCUGAUGGGCUCUUCUGCCAGUGAAGAGGCCAUGAGGAAGGAAAGGACCUAUGGAGGGUCCAAAAGAGAAGUCAGUGGCAGCUCUUUGUCCUUUUGUUCUUGACUGCUGUGACUGGGAAGACAUGAGCCGUAGGUGUGGCCAGAACGGGCCAUGCUCUUCAUGGGGAUUGUGCUGGGUGCUCCCAGGUGCCCCCGAGCAAUGGAGCUGAAAGGGAGCUGGGCAAAGAGCUGUGGUCGUGCACAGCCGUGCUGUGAACUGCAGUGUUCAUUCCCUGGCACCAGAUCCAGUCACAACCAGGGC